GGUUAGAGACACAGUGAAGGCCCUGACUCGGGAACAAGAGAAGCUCCUGGGGCAGCUGAAGGAAGUCCAAGCAGACAAGAAGCAGAAUGAGGUUGAGCUCCAGAUGAUCCAAGAGGAGAACCGUCGCUUAACUAUAGAGCUGCAGGAGGUCAAGGGCCAGCAAGAAGAGCAAGGUGCUCAGGUUCAGCAACUGAAGGACAAGGUGGCACACAUGAAGGAUGCCCUGGCCCAGGCACAGCAGAAAGUGGCUGAGCUGGAGCCCCUGAAAGAGCAGCUUCGAGGAGUCCAGGAACUUGCAGCCUCAAGCCAACAGAAAGCUGCCCUUCUUGGGGAGGAAUUGGCCAGUGCAGCAGGAGCCAGGGACCGCACCAUAGCCGAGCUACACCGCAGCAGGCUGGAAGUGGCUGAAGUCAGUGGCCGACUGGCUGAGCUCAGCCUGCACAUGAAGGAGGAAAAGUGCCAAUGGAGCAAGGAGCGUACAGGGCUGCUGCAGAAUAUGGAGGCCGAGAAGGACAAAAUCCUGAAGCUGAGUGCAGAGAUCCUUCGGCUGGAGAAGACAGUACAGGAGGAGAGAAGCCAGAGCCACAUAUUCAAGACUGAGCUGGCCCGAGAAAAGGACUCUAGCCUGGUACAGUUGUCAGAGAGUAAACGAGAGCUGACAGAGUUGCGCUCGGCCCUCCGUGUGCUUCAGAAGGAAAAGGAGCAGCUGCAGGCGGAGAAACAGGAAUUGCUGGAGUACAUGAGGAAGCUGGAGGCCCGAUUAGAGAAGGUAGCAGAUGAGAAGUGGAAUGAAGAUGCUGCCACAGAGGAUGAGGAGGCCACUGCAGGACUGAGCUGCCCUGCAGCUCUGACGGACUCUGAAGAUGAGUCCCCAGAGGACAUGAGGCUCCCAUCCUAUGGCUUGUGUGAGCAUGGAAACACAGGCUCUUCUCCUCCUGGGCUCCGGGAGGCAUCUUCCCUUGUUGUCAUCAACCAACCAGCACCCAUUGCUUCCCACCUCUCCGGGCCAGGGGAGGACAGCAGCUCUGACUCAGAGGCUGAAGAUGAGAAGUCAGUCCUGAUGGCAGCUGUGCAGAGUGGGGGUGAGGAGGCCAAUCUUCUGCUCCCUGAACUUGGCAGUGCCUUCUACGACAUGGCCAGUGGCUUUGCAGUCAGUUCCCUGUCAGAGGCCAGCACUGGGGUCUCUGCCACCCCUCCAUGGAAGGAAUGUACUAUCUGUAAGGAGCGCUUUCCUGCUGAGAGUGACAAGGAUGCCCUGGAAGACCACAUGGAUGGACAUUUCUUUUUCAGCACCCAGGACCCUUUCACCUUUGAGUGAUAUCACUCCUCCCUAGUAUGUAUGUAUACACACACACACACACACACACACACACACA